AUGCCACUCUGUUUAUACUGUUUAUCUUGUCAGGAAGUGUGUUGUGUUGCAUGUUUGUCAGUUGAUAUUCAUAAAGAACAUAGUGAUCAAGUCAAAUCAGUUGUUGAUGUGGCAGAUGAAGAUAGAAAAAUAUUGACUGAACAUCUCGAAAAAAUUCAAAAACUCAAAAUAACAUAUGCGGAUGAACAGAAUGAACUGUUACAAGCACUUAGAAAUAUUGACUUCGAUGAAGCUGAUAAUGAUCAAGCAAUUGAUCGAGAAUUUGAUCGAAUCAUAGCCUGUACUGAAGCAAGACGAAAAGUAUUAAAAAAACAAUUACAGAAAAAAUCUAAAAUAUGUCGGGAUAGUAUCUAUUUAAAACAAGAGGAUUUGGAAAAUCUCAUUGCGAAGUUAAAUAGAUAUUCAGACGAAGGACAGCAUGUAUUAACAUUGAAUGAUUUCAAUGCAUUAUCUCAAUCGAAAGUUAUUAUUAAAAAAAUGAAAAUUCUUGAAAUGAAAAAUAUUGAAUUCUGUCAACAGAGAGAGUUAAGUAACUCGGUACUAUUUCAUAUAUCGAGUCAAAUGCUUCUAGAUAUGAUGAAUAUUAUGGGAUCUAUUGGAGUACCACCUGCACCAUUGUUUAUUGAACAAAAAUGUAAAUCACAUCUUACUCGUCUUGAUAUUGAAUGGGAAUCAGUUGAUUACGAUCCGCCUGUCUUUACUUACGUAUUAGAACUUGCACAAAGCGAUAAUAAUUUCAUCGAAGUAUAUCGUGGUUUAAAAACAAAAUAUCAUCUACAUGAUAUGCAACCGAACACACUUUAUUUAUUGCGUUUACAUGCAUCUAAUGGAGGAGAAAUAAAAAAUACGUCUAUACUUGAAAUGAAAACUUUGAAUAUUGAUUUGAACAAUUGGACAUUAUCGAUGUCUUCGGUAUAUCCAACGGCAAAAGCUGAAAACACACAUGCAUCCUUAUUAGACAAUCAAUUUACAACUGGUGCUGCAACAGAUAUCGGUGCUGCAUGGAUUAAAGCUACAUUUCCACAUCCUGUACCGAUUAACAGUGUAACUAUUGCACCAUUACAUAAAGAUCCUCAUCUAUGGGGUGAAACAAACGGAGAUUCGGGUAGUUUGCAAUAUUCUCAUGAUAAUGGAACUUGGACAACUGUUGGAACAAUUGAAUAUGUUCCAAUGCAUCACCAAAAGAUUAUCGUCGGUGGUAUUACAGCUCAAUAUUGGCGAUUAUCUCAUGAAGGUUACCUUGGUACAAGUAGUUUUAUUUUUCAUUAA